GCCCGCCUGCGGCUGCCUGCCUGCCUCCCUGCUCUCAUGCCAUCACAGCAACAAAGAACACGCUGAGCAGCGCGCGGAGAGAGGCGCCCGGGCUCCAGGCUCCACCAAGCCGAAAGACGGCGGGCGACCAUGGCUAGGAAGGGGGACGCCGCUGCCUCUCCUUACGGUGAACCAAGGAAAUUUGACCCAAAGUUCAGAGGACCUAUUCACAACAGGUAUUGUACAGACGUUCUCUGUUGUGUCAUCUUCGUUGUGGUCAUCCUGGGUUACAUUGCUUUAGGAAUUGUGGCUUGGGUACACGGUGACCCCAGAAAAGUAGCUUACCCAACUGACAGCUAUGGGCAGUUCUGUGGUCAAAAGGACACGCCUAAUGAGAACAAGACAAUUUUGUUUUACUUUAACAUUCUGAAAUGUGCCAGCCCUCUAGUGCUAAUAAACCUACAGUGCCCUACAACACAGCUUUGUGUCUCAAAGUGCCCAGACAGGUUUGCAACCUACAUAGACAUGCAAUCUUCCUACAGAUAUAACAAAAGUUAUUGGGAAUACUACAGACAGUUUUGCAAGCCUGGCUUUAGCAAGCCAUGGAAGUCUGUGGCCCAAGUUAUGCGUGAUGAAGAUUGUCCUUCCAUGAUCAUUCCAAGCCGGCCUUUUCUUAAGAGAUGUUUUCCUGAUUUUGCCACUAAAAAUGGAGUUCUGACUGUGGCCAAUCAGACUACUUUCAAAGAUGGAAGAGGAAAAACAAGGAACGUCACUGAUCUCAGGGAAGCUGCAAAGUAUGGAUUCGGCAUCAAUAAUGUUCUUGAUGCAAGAUCAGUCGGGAUGAAAAUUUUUGAAGACUAUGCCAGUUCUUGGUAUUGGAUUUUAAUAGGCCUGUUCAUUGCAAUGGUUGUCAGCUUGCUCUUCCUUGUGCUUUUGAGAUUCAUAGCAGGUGUUCUCUUCUGGAUUUUCAUCUUUGGUGUGAUUGGGAUUAUAGGUUAUGGUAUUUGGCAUUGCUACUGGGAAUAUCAUCGCCUUCAUGGAAUACCUGGUUCUGAUCUUACUAUCUAUGACAUUGGAUUCCAGACGGACUUCAGGGUGUAUCUGCAACUGAGGCAAACAUGGUUAGCAUUUAUGAUACUACUUUGCAUAGUGGAAGUUGUCAUUAUACUAAUGUUAAUAUUUCUGAGAAAUCGAAUCCGAAUCGCCAUUGCACUUUUGAAAGAAGGUAGCAGAGCAAUUGGUUACAUCAUGUCUACAUUAUUCUACCCAAUCAUCACCUUCAUCCUUAUCGCGAUCUGCAUUUCUUACUGGGCAGUGACAGCUGUCUUUCUAGCUACAUCCGGAGAACCUGUGUACAAAGUCAUGGCUAAUCAAAGCCUGUGCAAGUAUGCAAAUCUGACCUGCUACCCAGAGACAUUCAACACAACCAAUGUAACUAAGCUGUGUCCAGGAGCCCAGUGUACUUUUGCUUUCUAUGGUGGAGAAAGCCUGUACCACAGAUACAUCUUAGUCUUUCAAAUCAGCAACGUGUUUGUGUUCCUCUGGCUGGUGAACUUUGCAAUUGCUUUGGGUCAGUGUACUCUUGCUGGUGCCUUUGCCUCUUACUAUUGGGCCUUUAGAAAACCUGCUGAUAUUCCAGCAUGCCCACUCUUUUCUUCAUUUGGACGAGCAAUACGAUAUCACACUGGUUCCCUAGCAUUUGGCUCUUUAAUUCUUGCAAUAGUCCAACUCAUUAGAGUAAUCCUGGAAUACCUGGAUCACAAACUCAAAGGCUCACAGAAUGUCUUUGCUAAGUUCCUCCUUUGCUGCCUCAAAUGCUGUUUCUGGUGCCUGGAAAAAUUCCUCAAAUUUAUCAACAGAAAUGCCUACAUCAUGAUUGCGAUAUAUGGUAAAAACUUCUGCACAUCAGCCAGGGAAGCUUUCUUCCUGCUCAUGAGAAACGUGGUGAGAGUUGCAGUGCUGGAUAAAGUGACAGACUUUUUACUAUUCCUGGGAAAAAUUCUUGUUGCUGGAGGAGUGGGUGUCCUAGCUUUCUUCUUCUUCACACACAGGAUACCAAUAUUCACACAAGAAGCACCAUCACUGAAUUACUAUUGGGUCCCACUCUUGACGGUCAUUAUAGGCUCUUACCUAGUUGCACAUGGUUUCUUCAGUGUCUAUGCAAUGUGUGUUGACACACUUUUCCUCUGCUUUUGUGAAGACUUGGAAAGGAAUGAUGGAUCUACAGCAAAACCCUACUACAUGUCAGCUAGUCUACACCGAAUUUUGGGGAAGAAGGAACUGAGUCCUAAGAAGUUAAUGGGAUAAUGUUUUUUUGUGGUUUUUUAUGUGAAAAUGGCAACAGUGUCAGUUUUAAGAUAAAAUAAGCAGGAUCCAUAUUAUUUAGGCUAAAGAAUUUUUUUUAAGUAUAAAUGAUGCUUGUGGUUAAUGAAUGAUUUGUGUUUGCUUUGUACUAUCUAAAAAUGAGCAAAUGGGCAACAUUUAAAACCAUUAUUUAACAGCUGUGAAACAAGGCCACAUCAUAGUUUUUAUAGAGUGCCUAUGGAAAAGUGUAAAUGUGAAGCUUUUUUAAUAUUUAGCUCUUAGUGUUUAAUAACUUUUCUAACUCAAGAUUUUGCUGUUUGAAAUGACAGCCAUUUUGAUAAAUUUUUUAUAGGUGUAUAUUUGUAAAGGAUAUUCAGGCAAUUUUUGAAAGCACUACAGUGAUUCCUAAUUAGCCAUAAACAGAUCAAGACUAGUAACCAGCAGGUGGUCCUAAAUUUGUAAUUAUGGUGCUAUGGCUGUAUUUUUACUGUACAUGCUGGUUGACAGCAACUUAAACUGUGAUUAAAUUGUAUUGAUGGUUCCCUAUGACGAAGAGCAAAUUGCUAUGCCAGUCUCCCCCACUACAGAUGUCACAUGCAAGGGGGGGGAGAGAGAGAUGGAUUAGCAUCAUACUGAGUCAUCUCCAAGAAUGCAAUGAAAGAUUGUUUGAAUUGCCUAGAAUGAGAGUCAUAUUAUUAAGGAUAAACUGUUUUAAAAGGGUCUUGUGCCAGAGACAACAUUUUAGGGAUAAAAUCUAGGCCAAGCAAUAGCCUUUUCCAUCUGAUGCAAUAUUAAAUCUGUGGUGUAAUUUUUUAAAAAAAUGAUUAGUGGCACUGCUUAAGUGUGCCAUGGUUUCGUCCUGUGUUGUGUAAAGAUUUAGCUCUAUCGGAAAUACAGUAGGCCCACAGAUUACAUGAGGGUUGUGUUAUACAUAGUCAAAACCCAUUAAGUUCAAUGAUGGGUGGGAUUGCCAAAGUAUUUUUGCCAUGGAACUCGACCCGCUCUUCCCCUUUUACGUUUUUUAAAAACUUCUUUUUACCUUUCGCGUAAAGCUGAAUGCACACAAGUUAAAUGUGCGUAAGUUGCAGCCUUACCUAAUCAGAGAAUGAAAUCCAACUUGGUACUGUUUUUUCCCCUGUGGAGAAAGCCCUCCUGGACUAGCUAAAAGCCCCAAUUGAAGGUUUUGGGUUUUGUGGGGGGUUUUUGCUUUGCAGCCAUCUCGACUGCUGCUAAGUGGAAGGAGAAAUAGGAUGAGAUAAGUGUGGCUUAAGUUGCUUUGAGCCCCUGUAUUUAUAUGAACAUCCAAUUAUUUUUCAUAUGAGGGAAGAAAUAUGUGUCAUGCUAAUGAGCAUCCUGGCCAAUCACUGAUUAAAGCAAGAACUACAUCUGAGUGUCGUUUGAGAAAACACCAGUGAUUGAACAUCAGCUCAGUAUUCCACAUAAUAAAGUACAGUUUCGUAAUAUUGAAAGUGCAGAAACAUUGUAGCUCCCAUCAACUAUGGAAGGCAAGUGACCAUAUUGCUGCAUAGACAACAGUGGGAAAGCACUAACUGUGCAAAGAUGAGAAACAGAUAGAACACAGAACUCUUGCAGGUCAAAUCUGUGUUGUUAUAUGUUCUUAUUGGUGGAAACUGAGUGAAGAAACUAAACCUCAGAAAAUUGAGAGGCUUCAUCAUGUUUAUAGCCUUCGGUUAAGGACUUACUUUAAGGUAACUUCCUUUAUUCACCCCUAAACUAUAUAAUAAUUGCAGGAUUUGGCUGAAUUACAGUAAUCUAAUUUCUGCUUUUCUGCUUGUUUUGUUCCAGGGUCAUGAGAGGCUUCUGAAAUUAGUGUAGCAUGUUGUGUUGGUUGGUUUUUUUAAAAAUACAAUAUUAUUUUGUGCUCUCUAACCCCCUUCAACAUAAUAGCCCUCCAUCAUUAAGGCAGGAAUGACUGGCUAUAUUUAUGGAAAGCAUUCAAUGAAAAUUCAUGCACACACUGACUAGUUAUUUGUGGAACAGUGACCUGUUUCUUCUGCAAGUAAUUGAGCAUGUCUUGAGCUGACAAUCUUAAAACUGGAGUUUUCCCAAAUUCACUCAGGUGAACAGUUUGAACUCCACAUAGCCAUUUCAUUUCAAUGACAGACAGGUGUCAACCACCACUCCUUGGCUUAUUACAGUGAAUCUUGUUACUAAAAGAGGAACCCGUCAAUGUUUAAUAUGGCCUGGAGACGUUUCUUUAACCUCCCUGUAAUUUUACCUGCAAGUAAAGACUUGUAUCAAGGUGAACAUAUUUUGGAUUAGGAUGCUUAAAUCCUAGAUAACUAGACAACUGGAAUACAUUCGAUUAAUUUACUAUGCACUCAACUAUGUGCACACUUUCCAAGGCAUGUGAUCUAUUUUCAUUCCAGAUGAAUGUAGGCAUGGGGUUAGAUCCAGGGGGAAGUCAGAUAAAGGGUGAUGGUAGUAGAAACUGGCUUUCCCGUCCACUCCUCAACCCAGGAACUCCACCCAUCCUCCUAAAAGCCUCUCGAGUGUCAGUGGAACUUGCUGAAUGGGGUGGGCUAUAAGGAAAAACAGGGACUCCUUGAAAGCCAUUUCACAAGCAAAGCGUCCACCUGUGGGAGGUGCCUCAACUUGAUUUUCAGAGAUCUCCUCCAUGCUGCAGCCCACCCCAUUCACCAGGGUCUUCCUUUAGGAAUGAUGGAGGAGGAGGAGGGAGAAAGAAAUGUCAGCUUCUGCCAGCCCCCACUCUGCAGGCUGGUCCAACUAAUAUGUACUGUAGUUCCUAAGUCUCAGAUGCAAUAGGAAGUGGGAAACAGGUAUAUUCUUGAAUUAUUGAUCAUUUGCAUACUAUCAAUGUCAUCCAUUACUGGAUGACCAAAAUAUAAUGUCCCAAAUACUGCUAUAAGUUAAUAAGCAAUUGGUUAUUGUUAGCAACUGGAGGUCCUGGAAGCAAAUGUGUGUUGCCAUCAAAAGAUGUUUUAUCGAGACACUUGGGAAGCCCUGAGAUCAGCAUCUCUGUGCAAAUUGGGGAUGAGCAUGAAUAUGCAUUGGCAGAAGGCUGCUUAUGCAAAAAACAUCCAUUGUGCUAAAUCAGGCCAAUAGUGUACUUACUCUGGUCUUACUGCUUUUGAAAUUAAUAGACUAAUUCCAAUUGAUCUCAAUCAAUUAGGCAAGACACUAGUCUGAUUUUCAAGUUUGACAUACCAGGAUAUAUUUCAGUUCAGUAUGCCUAAAGUUGUGUCCAAGAUCUUAAGAUGCAACCCGAGUUACAGCUUUAAUCUGGAAGCUUUGUAAGCUGCACCUCCACAAAUAUUUAUGAUACGUGUCCGAAGUGUCACAUGUUUUUGAGGGGAACAUCCUAGAGCCAUUUUAUCAAUUAAGCAACUAAGAAAACUGUGAAAAUGCAAAGCAAUAGCACUGAAAUUUGGCAUUCAUGCAUUCAUCUGAAGUAUCUGCUAAAUUGUUGCAAAGAGAAAACUUGGUAUACAAAAUUCCUGAAUAUCUUUCUCGGAAAUGAAUGUGCAAACUAGGGAAUAAUUUAUUUUUUGAAAGAUAAAUACUUUUGAACUUGAUUGAUGUGUUUCUUAAUCCUUGGGCCAAAUCCUGCUGUUUAUUAUAAUGUCAGUUUUAUGCAUAACGUGCUUUAACAUAAAAGCUAAAGCUUGAUUAAAAUGCACUUCCUCGCUUUUGAGUAUUGGGCAAAUCAUUUCGAGGUGAGAUGAUUAAAUUUUUUAAAAGGCUUUGAUCCUGCACCCAUUCAUGUCAAAGGAAGGCAAAUGUCUCAUUGACUGAACUGGUGCAGCAUCUGGCCGACGCAAUGAAAAAGGGCUGAUUACGUUAUUGCACCAGCGUUUACAGUAUAGUAAACGCCAAACCAUCCAGUAUAGAAAAUACACUGAGGAUUUUGCUGUUGUGCACGAAAAAGGUCAGCAGGUGGCAGAAUUGCUUUUGUAUUACAUUGGUUUGAUUGUUUGCUCUUUGACAUUCUUCCUCCUAGUGGAAGAUUUAGAAAGUCAUGAUGGCUCUGCUGAAAGACCUUAUUACAUGAGUAAAUCUCUGCUGAAGAUUCUGAACAAGCAGAACAUGCAAACCAAGAGACAAUAGGAAAUGCCCAGUGUCCUAAACCACGCAAUCAUGUUUCGUUUGAUGCAUUGUUUCUUUCGAUACGGUAUUGAUUGUCAGCUAUCAUUUGCGCAUGUUUUAUACCAAAGCUAUUGUAGAUGUGAAGCCAUCAAAAGUUUGUAACGGCAUUGUGUGUGUGUGUGUGGUUUGUUUGUUUGUUUUUAAAUCCAACAACAAAAACCAUGGGAGCAUUUUUUUAUACUGAGAUUUUUAAAAUUAUUUUUAUUCUCUCUCCCCCCCCCCCCCAUUUUGCCUUUAAUUCUUGUGGCUUGGGUAUUUGAAAUGAAAGAUUGUUAAAAUGUCUGGCUGCUUUUUCUGUUUUGUUUUUUUUAAAAAGAAAAUAUGUGAAAAUAUGUUUUACUGUUGCGGAUUUUGCUCUGAGCGAGUGAAGAGAUUUCUUAAAAAGUGAAAAGGUCCUUUUGCAUUUAGGUGGUCAUGGAAUACGUCGAUGUCUCUUGAUUGCAUUUAGAGCCUCGCCAGUCUCCUAGCCUGUACAGCUGUGUACUCUAUGACAAAGUGCCUUACUGGCUAAUAAUAUUAACUAGCUUAUGUUUUGAAGUUUACAAGCGCCAUUUGAAACACAGAGCUACUAACUGCUUGAUGAAAUAAACAAAACUGUCUUUCAGCUUACUUGAAAUGUAUUGAUACGAAUCUGUUCCUUUGCCCCUGUGUGAAAUAUUUGCAGUAUCUACAUUUUCCUACUAUCAUCUCCAAAAAAAAUUAAAACAGUAGAGAGUGGUAUUUUUUAGAGAAUUGCUUAGGGACAUUUGGGUUUCUAAUGCUUAGCUUUAUCUGUGUCGAAUGUAUGCUGCAAGAAACCUUUAAGCAGGGCCUAGCUUACAGAACUCUCUUUUUAGAGGAACUAUCCGUGUAUAUGUUUGGUGCAUGGGACCCUGGUGUACUGGUUCCAUGCAUCCAUUCCUCAUACUCAGCCUGUGCUAACCUUCAGCUUCGACAGGUGAUGUGGUCCCCAUGUAGGAAACAUAUGCAAAAUUUUGAACAAUGUGGGACCCCCUCCUCCAGAACUUCCCACUCUCUCAGUUUAAAGAUGUUUGAGAAUAGGGUUGCUAACUGUCCUUUGUACCUGUGCCUUUUUAACAGUAGCCUGGCUGUGGCUUGUUGGAAUGAUCAGAUGAUAAUUUCUCUCUCUCCAUACUGUUAAAUGCUUCAGCUGUUAAUUCCUGCAUAUUGAGCUGCUGUUAAAAACACAACUCCAGAGAUUACCUGAAAAGCUGCCAAACUGAUAUGGAGCAACCCUAAGUACCUGAUGUAGGUUUACAUAUUCCUGGAGUUAAUGGGGAAUUAAUUUUCUUCUUCUUCUUGCUGGCCUUGUGUUUGCAGAAUAUUUCUUUUCUGAUUCUAGUAACCACUCUGCAGUUUCCACAAUUAACAUUAUGCUGUCAAUGGCAUAUGGCAUAAAUCCUGACAGAGCUGCUUCUUAAACAGAUGUGGUAUGUAUGUCCCUUUGGGCAUGGAAAUGCCUUUCCCCCCCUCACAAUAAUAGCUACAGUUAAUAACAACUGUAGCAUAUAAGCCCUCCUAACAGGAGAUAACAGUGGCAUGCCAACCAUAGCUAUGGUGCAAAAAGUGCUUGUGUAUCUUAGCCCCAAGGGGAGAGAGUAGACAACUUAGGGUGUAAAUAUUGAAAUUCUUUGUCCAAAUUAGUCACUUCCGUAACUCCCUAUACUAUUUGUUCAACAGUAAAGGAGGGGAGGAAGCUUUCAGGACUGCAGCUUCACAACACCCCAACCUUAAAUGCAUUUGCUUGUCUGUAAGUUCCAUUGAUUUCAAGUAAGUGUGUCUACAGUCGGAGAGUUUAAAUACUGGACCAGAUAUAAAAUUGGCUUUAUCAAAGUAAGAGAAAUGGGACCAGGGUUUAAUUUUUAGAGCUUCUCUUACAGGGACUCACACCUUCAUAGAAGGUGGUUAGCUAGUCAGGGCUGUACCACACACCUGUGUCAAUUCUUUAAAGAACUACACCCCUACUAUUUAAAUUAGAAGAAAUGGGAAUGAAAAGAUGCAUACUACACUUGUGUAAAGUGUUUAUUGCUUUGUUGACUAGUGUGAAAUGGAUGCUUUGUUUUUAGACUCUUGCUAAGAUGUUAUUUUAUAAAACGACUCUUAAUUUUAUAACUUUUGAUACUGAAUUAUUGCUUCCCUUGUAAAAUGUUGGUAAUUUGCACUUCACAGUAUUAAAACUUAAGAACAUAACGGCUUCUUCAGUUUUUGAAAUGUAUGGCUAAUGGUACUAAUAUUGAUCAUUCAUGCAGUCUGUUUGUUUGUAAAAAAAAAAGGGCCUAUCAGCAU